AUGGGAAGGGCAGCUUUCGUUUCGCAUCAGUGGCUUGCCAGCCACCACCCGGAUCCUGACUUCAAGCAGAUGCGCAAUCUGCAGGAUGCGCUGAAGCGUCUCCUCGGCGGCCGCGGGUCUGUUUCACUCGACCAGAUUACUGAGAGCUUCGUGCGGACAGCCAAGCCGAUUCCCAUGCAAGAAUUUCAGGUGCAGGCCUUGUUCGUUUGGUACGACUAUUUCUCAUGCCCGCAGCUGGAGGAACGGAAGUCUUUCGGCGCGGAAGCAGACGGAAGCCAGCAGGCCUGUGCUAUCAACAGCAUCCCAGCUUACGUCGCCAAGUGCCGCUUCUUCCUGGCCCUCUGCCCGGUCCUCGAUUGCCCCUUCGAGGGCAAGGUCUUAUCGGCAGCUACCUGGAGUCGGAGAGGAUGGUGCCGCCUCGAGCGCGCAGCACGCGAGCUGUCACGAGACAGCACCUGGAUUCUGAUCCGCAGCGAUACAUCCAUGGAGGUUGUUGGCACGGUGCUGUCCUUUCCGAGUGGAUGGGUUGGUGAUGGCGACUUCACAGUGGCGGAUGAUCGCCAGAAGCUGGCCCCGGUGAUGCGGCAGAUCUUGGUGCAGAAGCUGCUUCACUGCCUCCGAGCAGGUGACCUUCCCGGGUUCCGGCGCCAUUUUAACCUCCAGGCAGUCCAUCUGCAGGGCCUGGAGAUUGCGCCGGUGGGUGGCCUGCUUCCCAGCCUUACAGUGGACUCAGCCGACUCAGUCGACUCAGUGGCAGAGUUCCUCCACCAGAACGGCUUCACGAGCGUCGACGAGGCCGACGGCGCAGGAUGGCGCCCGCUGCACUACGCGGCCCUCGCAGGGAACUUGGCGGUGCUGAAGGGCCUCGUGGAGCAGCGCGCGGAUCUGAAGCGGCGCACGUCGAAGGAUGAGCCCAUGCUGGGCUUCCCACCCUGGAUGUCUGUGCUUGAAAUUGCCAGCUUCUACAAGCACCAGGAGGCCACGCGAUGGCUUCUUGCGGUGAGGGCCCAGCUGGAGGGUGGGCUUGCUGGCAGCCCGGUUGUCUUUGCGGCAAUCUCUGACAACGCCUUUGGUAUCCGGCAACUCUGUGUAGCAGGCCUCAGGCCACUGGCCAAGAAUGUGGUUGGGGCCACCAACUUGGAGGCUGCAGCCUCCUAUGCGGCCUUUGCAGCUCUGAAGGAGCUGGUGCUACAGGGGGGCCCAGAUUCACUGGAGCUUUCAAGAGCCCUCUGGGGGGCGGCAACGUUUCGGGGUGGCGAGGCGGAGCUGGUGCUCCACCUCAUCGAACUCCGGGCCGACAUCAACUUUCAGUUCAAGUUGCCUCGCGACUACAGGCCCGUGGGCCGACUUCUUGUGGGCCUGAAGUCCUUGCAGCACCGUCUUGGCCGGAGAUCCGUUAUGACAGCUCAUGCUUAUCACCUGCACGGCAGCACGCCGUUGAUGCAGGCCGUCAAGUCAGCUCAGUUCGAGGCUGCAGCGGUCCUCAUCGCAGCCGGUGCCAGGCUGGAUCUCCGGAAUUCCCGGAACUGGGCCGCGGCCGAUUUUGCCACAGGACAGUCGAUCCCGCGCUUCCUUCAGCUGGGCCUUCAAGGGGACACGUCGGAGUGCCGAAGGGUGUCGUCACUGGCGAUAGCCGACGGUUAUGUGGAAGUUCCGUUCUAA